AAUAAAAUAUUUCGUGCUAAUUUUAAUAUGUUACCUGAUUCUGCCACAAGAAAUUCAUCAAUAUAAAACCAUGUUUUUUUCAGGUUUCUUCAGAUUUGGUUUACACUUCUGUAAUAAACUGGGUAAAAUUUGAUUUAUCUUCAAACGAAAGUUACUUAAGUGAAGUCAUUAAAUUUGUUGAUUUUCAUGAAUUGUCUCCAGAGAUGCUUGAAGAUGUAGUCUCUGUUGAGCCUCUCAUUAGAAAGCAUGGUGAUUUGGGUUAUUCAUUAUUUGAUGCUUUGGUGCACCAUUCAAAGAAAACAGACAAAUCCCUCAUAUCACUUGGUGGAGCAAUAACUCCAACCAAAGUAACAAAGUUUGAUUUACAAACGAAAAAAUGGAGUCAACUUCCGGAUUUACCAGUUGGUCGUGAAACCGCAGCAGCCGUUGUCAUCGAUGAUGUUCUGUAUUAUCUUGCAGGAGAUUUACAAACUGAUGGUAAAGCAACACCAACUAACAUUGUUCAUCGAAUGAAAUUAAAGAAAAAAGUUUUAAAAUGGGAGAAGUUAGCUUCAAUGAAUGUUAAGAGAUGGGGAUUGAGUGCUGCUGUUUUAAAUGGUGAGUUUCCAUUAAUAUCUCGACUCACAUUACAAAUGUUUAUAAUUAAUGUUGAUUGUGUGAUUUCCAGCGAAAGUUAAAAUACGGUCUUUUUUCUGGAUUGGUGUUACUUUCACUCAUGUAGUAAAUGUCUACUUUAUGUAUUUAUAUCGCACAAGGUUGC